AUGACGACCGCUCACAGACCCACGUUCGACCCGGCCAAGGGUAAGGACGCCCUCCGUGGGCCAGCCUACCACCAGCGCCUUCUUCCAGCGCAUAUGACCCUCAAGACCCGCCAGCCGGGUCAGGGCGGCAUUGCCGACGAGCAGCGCGAUCUCCGCGCCGAGCUCCUCAAAGCCGAAGCUGCGCACUUUGCCAAGAAGAACGGCGGCCCCGCUCCCGACGACGACGAUGAUGAGGGCACGACCACGGCGAAGCGGCAACUGGAAGACGCACCGGCAGACGUUGGGGCAGAUGAAGACGAGACGCCGGAAGCGAAGAGACGGCGGCUUAUAUUAGAGGAGGCACGAGACAUCGAUGCAGAUUCGGACGGCUCCAGCAGCGAAAGCAGCGACGAGGAAGAAGACGACGACGAUGAAGAAGACGAGACGGCCGAACUGAUGCGCGAGCUGGAGAAGAUCAAGCGGGAACGUGCCGAGCAGAAAGCCAAGGAAGAGGCCGAAAAGAAUGCGCAGGAGCAGGAGGAGCGCGAGUUCGAAAUCGCGCGCGGUAACCCUCUGCUGAAUCCCAAGGACUUCAAUGUCAAGCGUCGUUGGGACGACGAUGUUGUCUUCAAGAACCAAGCGCGUGGCGUCGACGACAAGAAGCCCAAGGAAUUCGUCAACGACCUUCUCCGCUCCGAUUUCCACAAGCGCUUCAUGAGCCGCUACGUGCGAUAG